AGUACUUGAGAAAAGACUGGAUGAGAGAAUUGAUGAAAUGUUUGACCGUGGACUUGUUCAAGAACUUAUAGAUUUCCACAAAAAAUUCAAUCCUGGAGAUGUUGAAUAUACGAAGGGCAUAUUCCAAUCCAUUGGCUUCCGAAACUUCAGCAGUUAUCUGCGACUGGACGAUGAGAAGAGAAGCGGACCUGAAGGCCUGAAGAUGUUCAAUGAAGGACGCAAAACAUUCAGCAUUGACACUAAGCGCUAUGUCAAGAGUCAAAAUAAGUGGGUCAGAAAUCGGUUUCUGAGUUGUAUAACGAGAGAGGUACCGCCCGUCUACAAGCUGGACACAUCGGACGUGGAGCACUGGACAGAGCAAGUCCUGGAGCCGGCCAUGGAGGUGGUGAUGAGUCUGAUUGGGGGCGGUCGAGAGGCGGGGGCGGUGCGACUGCAGCCAAUGGCAGUGGAGGCAGCAACUUCUGUCGCCUCCAGCAAGGAAAGCGUCACCGAAGUUCUGAAGCAGAAACACGAGGUGCGCCACUGCGACGUCUGCGAUCGGAUAUUCAUAGGGGAGUUGCAGCUCAACGAUCACCUCAAAUCCGCCAAGCACCAGAAAGCUGAAAAGAGACGCAAACUACUGGAGCUCGAACAACAACAACAGUCUACAGACACCUGAAAGGUUCAGGGAAUCAAUCUUUUGGGACUUACAAACUUCAUUGGAGAAUUUGCCAAAAAGAAUUGCUUUCUUCUCUCUUAUUUGUUGAAAGACAAGUAUUUUAUUGGAAGCAAAAACUGAUUUCGACAUGGUAAUUAAGUGAUGAUUAUCUUAGACUGACUAUCCUAAACUUAUAAACUUAUGUAUGUCUUUAAACUCUAAAACUACAGUCUAUUCUAUGUCUAAUUUCAAACUAUCUAAUACUCAAUAAAAAUUGAAUUUAAAAACUAACACUUGAUAAAAAACAGCUUGAUUCUACUACCCUUCUGAAACAAAAUCCAAAAUGGCUAGACAGAGAAACAGUGCUAAAAUGCAAGGCUUGGGGAUGAAAACGGAAGUUCUCUUGUGUUCUUGGAGCAAUGAUAGUGGCAGUGGCUGUUGGGGGUUGCCAAAGCGAUGGUAACACAAAAAUGAGGGAAGUUUGAAAAUCUUAUACUGAAUGAGAAAGAAUAGGAAUAGCUUAUAGCCUACUUGGACUUCUAAAAAAAAUUAAAAGCUGUUGGGUUACCUAUGUGUAGGUAGCCUUAUUGCUUUUUUGAAAUAUUUCAUUUUGACAAAAAUAUAAUUACAUGAGCUAUAAUACAUAUUCAAAAUAUUGUAGAGAGAUGAAUAUAAGUCUAUAUGAAUAAGCUUGCUGACCUUUACUUUAUGUUGUCGCAUGAAAAGAUUUUAUAUAGCCUACAGGCCUAAUUCAAGGUAUUGCUAAGUCAUAUUAUAUAUAGCAUUUACCUAUUAUAAAUUAACUUUAUGACAACCUACAAUAAUAUGCAGUAACGGUAGCGUACUGUACUUGAAUUUAUUAUUCAAUAAUAUGGUCAUAUACCUACAAUCAUAAUUUUUUCUUCUCAAAACUGACUUGAAACUAUAUGAACAUGGAUAAAUACCGACAAGAAUAUUUAUUAUUCUUGAAACUAGGUAACUUUUAUUUCCUCCAGCCUAUACUUUGUAGGUACAGAGUAUAAAAGUUUUAUUUUACAUCCCCAAAAAAACUACGAGUAACCUUUCCAAAAGAUAAAAAUAGUAAAUUAUCAUGAAAAUAGGUUAUGUUUACUAUUUUCAGAACACUGACGGAACACUUGUAGCAUUUUGUAAAAUUGUAAACUUGUAUAUCAUAAUUUUUUGUGAAACGUGAGUACUUGUCAACUUGUAACUGCAAGUACUUGUCCGUAACCAUGGUUGGUAACAAUGCUUGUAGCUUUGAGAAAUAGGCCCCAGAUAUCAGACAGUUGGUUGCCUGAACUGGUUGGCGGUAACAAAAACUAUCAUUCAAUCUGUUUGUAGCCUUGCAGAGCUAAAAAACUAUUCAAUAUAUUUGUGUUUUUUGCAGACCCUAACAGAGCGCAGGUUUUACUAGUGAAAUUAUUAAAAAAUAUAUUAGAUCUAUAGUAUUAAUUACUAGAGGAAUUUCUUUGCGAGUUGUACGUGAUUUCAGUAAAGAAGUCCACGUGCUAAAAACUGAAUGGUUACUGUUGCAGACAGGCUCAAUUUUAUCUUUCAAUUCUAAUUGAUUAGAUAAUAAUAUUGAUUCCUCAUUCUUUCAUCAUUUGAAUUCGAAAAGAAUGGCACGAAAGUCAAUGACUCUUGUGAAAUGGAAACCAUUAGGCCUAAUAUGCUUCAUGAAUCCUAUUAAGUUAUAUUAAGCAAGCGAUUUAUGUAUAUCUGUUUAUAUUUUUAAAUCUGGUUAUUUAUUUUCUCGAAAUCGGCUCUAACGAUUUUCACGAAAUUUGGAACACAGUAGGUCUAUGAUAUAAAAAUUAGAUUGCACUAGGUCUCAUCCCUGGAAAAACUCGCUGAAGGACAUGAAAAGGAUAAUUCGUCCUUGGAAAAACAGAUGAUAAUUUCGUCGUCUGUCGAUAACAGAAGAUGCGUGUGCCUGGGUGGGAGAUCAGCUGUGUAAUCAAUUAGCUCACCGUAUCUCGCGAGAAAUUUAGAAAUUUUAAUUGACUCGAUCAAAAUGAUCUGAUUUGUUGACAUGAGAUGGUAUAUCAUAAUAUUCAAAGUUAAUCUUUAUAUUUUUACAGUUCUAAGUGAUUAGUGAGUGUUAUUUUGUUAUUCAAUUUGGUUUGUAAACAAUCUAAAUUAGAACUUUUAUGUUUUCAAAUAUUUGGACUGAAAAUUUGACCUGAAUUCAAGUGUAUACAUGACCUACUUUUUGGAAUAUUUAUAGUGUAUAAAUCAAAAUUCGGGGAAGAAACAGUUUUGGGCUGUGCCUUUUAGUCAUUUCCCAAUCAUUUUAAAGAAUUGAGUUCUGUUUAUCAAUAAAUAAAUAACGAGCGAAGCUCAGUGCCCCGAUAUUAAAUCUAAUCCACCUAGACCUACACAAUGUAGGCUCAGUUGCAUUGUAUUUUAUUUGAGUUGUGCAAUUAAUCAAUAGUUUUGAGAAUUUAAUGUUGUCUGUAGUCUGUAUUAAUUAUAUCUAGUCUAUUUCAGGAAACUUCUUGUGAUAUUGACAAUACUCUGAUGAUUUUGAACAUUAAUGAUAAGAACUUUUUCUAGUACUAGUAUGUUCCCAUUACAUACUUGACGUAGAUUGAAUUAAAAACCCAUUCUUGAUUGUUCUCUCUGUUAUAUCUAUUAUUUUUAUGGUGGUUUCAAGUGAUUUUUCUUGUAAUUAUGAUGCAAUUAUAAAGCGAUUUGUAUGGUUUCAUAAUUGGAAAUUGAUUAAUCUGAUAAAUUCAUAAUUUUAGUAGAUACAUUUUUCAUACUCAAAAUUGUGUGGGAAUUGAGUUAUCAUUUUUGCAUAACCUCUAGACUGUAUAUUCUAAAUAAUUAAGGUUAAAACCAGUUUUCGGCGAAUGCCUCUGUUUUUACAUGAAUUGUGAAUAAAUAUGAAAAUUUAUAUUCUUAAUUUCAUAAAAUUCGUUUGUAUAAUUUUCAUAAUACUUAUUGUAAAUAAUGUUAAUAUAAGCAGAUUUGGGCGAAUAUCUGUUGCGAUUUUUCAAGUCUAAUUGUGCAUAGUUUAAUAAAUUAAUAUUUUUGUAUACUGUUUUACGUUUUUUACUAUCAUAAAUUGAAUUGUGUUGGAUGUAAGCUUACCUGAUUCUAUUCUUGUUUAUACGAAAGUGUAUUUUGCCAAGUACAAUAAUUUAUCAAAUAAGUAAGGUAUUCCAUAGACUGAGCAUUCUCAUAGAACAUGUGACAUAUAUUCCAUGGACUUCAAUUCUAAAAUUUGUGAGGUAAAUAUUUAUUUUGGUAGCAAGUAUUGAAUAUGAAUUAGAAUUCAUAUUUUCUCUCACAGUCUGCAAUUGAAGUAGAAUUGGAAUAAUUACAAGUCCAUUUAGCCUAUUCUCUGAAGUGAAUAAAUUAAUAUUAUACUCAUUCGGGAGAAUCUCAUGUCCAUAGUUCAAAGUAAAUGAGUGCAGGGCAGGAAUCCAAUCUCAGAUUAGGUGAUUGAGUUUGCGUUCCGGAAUCAGCUGAUAAUCAGCCAAUCGGAGAGCUUUCUGCCCUGCUGACUCGUCUGAAUACGCCUUAAAAAACGGUUAGUGUGGCGUGGCCUUAUUCUGUGCCACUAUGCAUAGACAUAGAAUAAUUUGAUCUACCAACUGAGUUGUAUCCAGCGAUUUGAGUCAACCAGCCAACCGCGUAGUGUUGUGUUCUAUAGAUUAUGAAGUUCAACUAUAUUACAGUAUUUGAUCAUCAGUUUGAGAGUCGCAAAAGAAUUAAGCUAGUUGCAUACACAUCGAUUUUUGGACGUACGAUUGUUUGCCGUCCCUAUAAAUUCCAUUUGAUUAAAUAGAUGAUGUCAAACAGGUGAUGUUCCGUUUAAUAUGAUAGAAUUCAUAAGGAUGGCAAAAAUCAAUGUGUGUGUGACUGGUUUCAGGUGUCAAUUAUUAGUUUUUAUCAUGCCAUAAUUGUUUCUGAAGGAGAUAGAAGAUUUAUUACAAUAGUAAUUAUUGAACGAAAACCAAAAUAAAAUUUCUCAUCUUCACACUGAUGAUGACACCAUUGUUGUUGAAAACAUGUAUGUAAUUUUGCAAUAAAUUUAUGAUCUUUCCAGUCAA